CAGAACUGAUCCUUUUGUCACUAGCUUCCCUGAAGACAUCAGUGUGACUGUUCCCUUUGGCACUCCAACACAACAGUGACCUGGGCUGAGCCAACAACAAAUGACAAUUUGGGAACUGUCAUCUCAAGCAAGACAAUAGAAUCUGGAAGCCCCUUCCCAACUGGACAGACAACAGCAGUGACUUACACCUUCACUAAUUCUACAGGAAAUUCAGUCAAGAAAACCUUCCAAGUUACAGUGGUUGAACUAACUGAUACAGUAUUACCUCAGGUGACAGCUUUCCCAGAGGAUGUCUCUGUUACCAUUCCAUUUGGAAAAUCUGAUGUGUCUGUAGUUUGGCCAAAUCCAACAGUGUCCAACAACUCGGGACCAGUCAUAAUUAACUCAGACAGGCAACCGGGAAGUUUCUUUUCUCCAGGAACCACCCCUGUGACAUAUUUAUUCACAGAUCUUUCCGGAAAUUCAGUCACUCGAACAUUAAAUGUGAAGGUGAAUGUGCUAGAUAAUUCUUUUCCAACAGCAGACAGAACUGAUCCUUUUGUCACUAGCUUCCCUGAAGACAUCAGUGUGACUGUUCCCUUUGGCACUCCAAACACAACAGUGACCUGGGCUGAGCCAACAACAAAUGACAAUUUGGGAACUGUCAUCUCAAGCAAGACAAUAGAAUCUGGAAGCCCCUUCCCAACUGGACAGACAACAGCAGUGACUUACACCUUCACUAAUUCUACAGGAAAUUCAGUCAAGAAAACCUUCCAAGUUACAGUGGUUGAACUAACUGAUACAGUAUUACCUCAGGUGACAGCUUUCCCAGAGGAUGUCUCUGUUACCAUUCCAUUUGGAAAAUCUGAUGUGUCUGUAGUUUGGCCAAAUCCAACAGUGUCCAACAACUCGGGACCAGUCAUAAUUAACUCAGACAGGCAACCGGGAAGUUUCUUUUCUCCAGGAACCACCCCUGUGACAUAUUUAUUCACAGAUCUUUCCGGAAAUUCAGUCACUCGAACAUUAAAUGUGAAGGUGAAUGUGCUAGAUAAUUCUUUUCCAACAGCAGACAGAACUGAUCCUUUUGUCACUAGCUUCCCUGAAGACAUCAGUGUGACUGUUCCCUUUGGCACUCCAAACACAACAGUGACCUGGGCUGAGCCAACAACAAAUGACAAUUUGGGAACUGUCAUCUCAAGCAAGACAAUAGAAUCUGGAAGCCCCUUCCCAACUGGACAGACAACAGCAGUGACUUACACCUUCACUAAUUCUACAGGAAAAUCAGUCACGAAAACCUUCCAAGUUACGGUGGUUGAACUGAGUUGUAGUUCCCGAGUCAAGCGACUGACUGAGCUCUCUUCUCUAAAGAAAAACCCCAAUGUGCAAUUCAGGCCAUACAAGGAGCCCGAGCUUCUACCAGAUGAGCAGACUGCUCUUGCAGAGCUUUCCUUUUGUGGACUGAAAUUGUCAAGUCCUGAAGCGGUACUCUAUGAGAAACGACAGUUGUACACACAACCAAGUCGUUCAUCAGAUGUGUCUGAUUCAGAUUGUGAUUCGGAUGGUUCAGAGUGGCACUACGAAGAUGAUGAAUCAGGAUCAGACAGCAGUGAUAAUACGGACAGUGAUGCAGAGUCAGACAGUCAGUCCACAAUUUUUCCUGUUUGUAACAAUCCACCCAGGAAGCCGAAAGUUUUGCCGGUCAAUAGUAAAACAGGGUCUCAGUCUAAACCAACAUCCAAGUAUAAGAAACCAAAACGCAUGUGCCCAUUUUGCAAAAAGUACUUUCAAGAAAAACUAACGAGGCAUGUUCAACUGGUGCACAAAAAGGUAAAAGAAGUUUCAAAUGCCAUGAAUCUGCCGAAAAAUGAGAGGGAUGCAGCUUUUGAUUUUCUCAAGAAGAAAGGUAUUCUGGAAGCAAACCAGGAACAAAUGAGAAUGUCAACACCAGUUUAUCAGCGAGAAAGGAAGACCUCGAAUGAUAGCAAACUUGUCUUGUGUGGGCUUUGUAAUGGGUUUUACUCGAAGAUGUAUUUCAAAAAACACAAGUAUAGGUGUCAGGGAGAUUCCAAUUCAACAGCAUGCUCUAUUCCUCUGUCAUUAAUGACGCCAAAUGAUGACAUCUCAGAAGAUUUCAGAAGAGACAUUCUUUGCAAAUUCAGAGACACCAAAGUAGGUGAUAUUUGUCGAACUGAUCCUGUUGUCUUAAGUAUAGGGAAACAGCUUUGGCGAAAAGGGAUGAACAAGAAAGACAAGGUGACGGAAGUUAAGAAGUCUGUCAUGUCAGACAUGAGGCGGCUUGCCUCUUUGUAUCUUGUUUAUAAAGAUCAAGAUGCUGCCUUGGCUAAUAAUCAGGAGAACUCCACAGUGGCAGAAAUGUUCAAACGAGAACAUUUUAAUGUGUUAAGUGAAGCAAUUCAAGAUUACACCACACAGGCUGAUUCCUCAGGCAUCAAGAGUGGUCUGAAGACUGCACUGUACUACCUUAUUAAGAAGGCGUGCAAAAUAAUCAAAUCCAUCCAUUUGAUGGAACGUCAAGACGAGUCUGCUGCAGAGAUAGAUAGAUUUAUAUCCGUCUUUGAACUCAAUCAUGAAUUCAUAUUCGGUGAUGCAAUCUACCACAUAAACUACCGCCGUCAGAAAAGUUUGCGAAAACCGAUAGAGCUACCAAUAGAAGAUGAUGUUGUUAAGUUACGCCAGCAUACCAUCAACAAAGUGUCCAGAAUGGUCACCGAUGAUUUCAUGGUAUGGGAUUCUAGGAAUUUCAUCAUGCUAAGAGAUCUCACAGUAUCUCGCCUUACUGUCUUCAACGCUCGUAGAGGUGGGGAACCGUCCAGGUUGAAACUGUUUGAAUGGCAAGAAGCUGAAGAUAACCAAUGGAUUGACACCCAGAGGGCUGAGGAUAUGCAGGAUCCAAUUGAGAAGAAACUUCUAAGUCACCUUCGAGUAUCAUACCAAACAGGGAAAGGUAACAACCACUUGGUGCCAAUUCUGUUCCCACCAGACACCAUCGAGGCAAUGAGGAAGCUAACAAGUCAAGAAGUGAGGACCUCAGCCGGUGUCAAAGAGGACAACUUAUAUGUCUUUCCAUGUGUACAGGGAUCAUCAACUCAUGUUACUGGAUGGCAUGCACUUAAGAACAUAUGUAGUGAAGCAGGAAUUGAAGGAUCGGCUAGAUUGACAGCAACAAAAAAUCGCCACAGGGUCAGUACACUAUAUGCGGCCAUGGAGCUUCCUGAGCAUGAUCGAGAAUUGUUUUUCCGUCACAUGGGUCACUCAAGUCUAGUUAACCAGAAUAUCUACCAAGUACCACCUGCAAUUGCUGAGGUAGUGCAAGUUGGGAAGCAACUAAUGCAGAUUGAUGAGCGGAAUCAACAAUCUGAUACCUUGCCCUCUGCAGAAUCUUUGCCAGUAACAGUGUCCAAAGAAGUUGUUGAUGAUGGAUGUACCGAUUUUCCAACUCCACAACUGGCACCUGCUGUUUCAAAGAGUACAGGCAAGAAAGAUGUUAACAUGCUGUUGGCUUGGAAGGAUAAAGAUCCUGUUCCACAAGGUAGUCAUGGAACAAAGAGAAACUACUGCUGGCCCAAGCAGGACGAAGAAAAGGUGGUGGAGUAUUUCACAGGAAUAAUAACUGGAAAGUCCAAGCAGACGAUACCAAAGAAACUUGAAGUUCUGGAUUUCCUUAAUUCAUGCAAAAUGCAAACUGUUUACAAAUGGACAGACAUAAGAACUAAGGUGAUGAACGAGAGAGCAAAAUGGCGGAGGAUAGUGAUGAAGAGGACUAGCAACAUGAAAGAUAAGUCUUAAAAUAGGUAAUGUGUCCCUAACGUGAGGGACAACCAUCCGUGCAUUAAGGUCUGUAAUCAGCAAAUGUUUAGUCUUCGGUAUACAUGUAGGUUGGACGGGUACUGAUGUUUCUUAAAGUUUUAUAUGAGCCAGUUUUAAGCUUCGAUAGGAGACAUCAAUAAAAUGGAAACCAUUGACCAGGUUUACAGUUUCAGAUGUUUGUUUUUUUAAACUUGGAAAUAUCGCAAAAUUUAGUCAAACAAAAUUAUGGAAUUGAAGCUCAUUAAUUGACAUAUGAAAUCAAGUUCAUUAAAAAGAGAAAUGUAAUACAUGGGUUGGAAUUAGAGUGAAAGAGAACAUUUUAUUAAAUAGGGAACAAAGAAAUGAAGAAAGUAAAAACAAAGUGGCCUCUGUGCUAUACAGCACUUGAAAGAUGUUGGAUGAAAGCCAAUCCUAAAGUUUCUUAAGUUAUGGAAGACCAAAAAUUUUCCUGAAAAAUCUGGUAGAAUAAAAAUAGAAUAAAUGUUGAGAUAAAGUAACUGUCAAAAUGCUUUUAGUCUGCAAUAAGAAAUUCAUAUUAUUUAUUUUAUCAUACUGUUGCGGUCAAAAAGUGUACAACCCAUACAAGGCUUUCUAUCUCACUUUUUGCUAGCCGAGGUCUUGAAAUUAGGUUCCAUCAAACAUGUUCAACCAAAAGUAUAAAAUAUCCGCUUGUAGAAAUCUGACCACCAGUGUGUGAAGAAAUAAACAAAUCCGAGUUUUAUGUAGCAGCAAAUUAACAUUUCAAAAACCCAGCUGUUUUCAACAUUUAUUCUGUUUUACUAGAUUUUGGGGAAGUGGCUAGUCAACUUUGGUCAGCCAUAGUUCAAUUCCAUGUUAAGAUUUAAAAGUUGCUGUUCAUAUUUUUGGAGUUAAAAGUUGUUAAACAUGUUAAACAGUUAAA